GAGAGUCACGUGAGGGUGGGCGGUGGAGGUGGAGGCUGUCUCUGCUGUUUUUUCGUCUCUAUGGUUGUGAGAGGUGGGCGGUUUUGGCUCAGAAGCGGCUGAAGCUCGAGCGUGGACGGGAUGUUUCGUCUUAACUCACUUUCUGCAUUGGCAGAACUGGCUGUGAGUUCUCGAUGGUACCAUGGAGGAUCACAGCCCACCCAGAUGAGGCGACGAGUAAUGAUGGUGGCUUUCCUGGGAGCAUCUGCAGUAACUGCAAGUACUGGUCUCUUAUGGAAGAGGGCUCUUGCAGAAGCUCCACCAUCUGUAAACAACCUAAAGAGUGAACUUGGUGAUAAAGGGAAGAAUAAAGAUGAAGGGGAAGUUCAUAACCAUGAAAAAAAGGCUGCAGAUAGUUGCCUUGAGCCUUGUACAGAAGAGAAAAAGAAGAAGCGUUCUGGAUUCAGAGACAGAAAAGUGAUGGAAUAUGAGAAUAGGAUUCGCGCAUAUUCCACACCAGACAAAAUCUUCCGAUAUUUUGCCACCUUGAAAGUAAUUAAUGAGCCUGGUGAAUCUGAAGUAUUUAUGACUCCACAAGAUUUUGUUCGAUCUAUAACACCCAAUGAAAAACAGCCAGAACACUUGGGGCUGGAUCAAUAUAUAGUAAAACGAUUUGAUGGAAAGGAUUUCUGGCAGAAAAUUGCCCAGGAACGAGAAAAAUUUGCUGAUGAAGGCAGUAUAUUUUACACCCUUGGAGAAUGUGGACUCAUAUCCUUUUCAGACUACAUUUUCCUUACAACUGUUCUUUCCACUCCUCAGAGAAAUUUUGAAAUUGCCUUCAAGAUGUUUGACUUGAAUGGAGAUGGAGAAGUAGACAUGGAUGAGUUUGAACAGGUUCAGAGCAUCAUUCGCUCCCAAACCAGUAUGGGUAUGCGUCACAGAGAUCGUUCUACUACUGGUAACACCCUCAAGUCCGGCUUAUGUUCAGCCCUCACCACCUACUUUUUUGGAGCUGAUCUCAAGGGGAAGUUGACAAUCAAAAACUUCCUUGAAUUUCAGCGUAAACUUCAGCAUGAUGUUCUGAAGCUAGAGUUUGAACGCCACGAUCCUGUGGAUGGGAAAAUUUCUGAGAGGCAGUUUGGUGGCAUGCUCCUGGCCUACAGUGGGGUACAGUCCAAGAAGCUGACUGCCAUGCAGAAGCAGCUGAAGAAGCACUUCAAAGAAGGAAAGGGUCUGACAUUUCAGGAAGUGGAGAACUUCUUUACUUUCCUAAAGAAUAUUAACGAUGUGGACACUGCAUUGAGCUUUUACCAUAUGGCUGGAGCAUCUCUUGAUAAAGUUACCAUGCAGCAAGUGGCCAGGACAGUGGCUAAAGUGGAACUCUCAGACCAUGUGUGUGAUGUGGUUUUUGCGCUCUUUGACUGUGAUGGCAAUGGGGAGCUGAGCAAUAAGGAAUUUGUUUCCAUCAUGAAGCAACGGCUGAUGAGAGGCCUGGAGAAGCCCAAAGACAUGGGCUUCACCCGCCUAAUGCAGGCUAUGUGGAAAUGUGCACAGGAAACUGCCUGGGACUUCGCUUUGCCUAAACAGUAACCCAAAACUGCAAGAUGGGCCACCUCUCCACCCCAGGCACACUGGACCCUUGAAAAGAGCCUUCACACAGCCCUUCCUGCUGCUGCUUCUGGAAGUAGUGUCCCCUUCCUCCUGAGAAUGAUCUCAGGAUUCAACCAGUUUCCCUCUCCACCCUUCCAUGUCCCAGUGUUCUGCUAGGCUCUGAUUCUGCCCAAUGAUUAUCCCCAUAGGUUCUCAAAAACAUGAACAAAUCCUAAAAGGUCAGACCUUUGGCACCUUCCAACAACAUUACCCAUUCAAGUGGAUAGUGUUAUGGAUAAGGAAUGCAGGGAACCAUCCACAUACUGCCAACCCUGGGAAACAUCCCAUUGUCAAGUCAUCUUUGCUGUGGAUUUCUAUUAAGAAUAUUCCUUGCUUUUCCUCCUGCUGGUGUUUUUAAGCUACAAGUUGGCAAAACCUCUGGCAGGCAAAAGGAAGUUUGUGAUGAAUGAUAAUGAGGAUGAUCCAGGCACCCUGAACUGGUGGGAAGCCUAGCCAGAGAGGAAGGAUCUGUGUCAAUCCCCAGGGUGGUUCUGAGGCCUGCUCCAGGAAGGUGAUGUGCACGGUGGGAACAGAGCAUGAUUCAGAAUUUAAAGCAGCUGCUUCACAGCUCUCUCUAAUCCCUUCUUUUCCUUUCAGGCUUCCUAAGAGGGAGACUCCCUAAGACUCCACCACAACUCUGUGCUUAACAAGCAGCAGUGAUUAAGUUCAUGUUCUCUGCAAGUGCCAUUUCCCCUCCAGGAGUGUGUCUCUGAGGCUGGGGCCUGACUCAGAGCCUAUCUACCUUCUGUCUUAAACACUUGCAGAAUGUCACUUUAAUUAUAACAGUUUGCAGUAAACCCCGCCCCCCCCCCAAAGCCUCUUGUUUCCUUUAUUUUAGGAUGCCCUGGGGCCCUUUUCAUUUGACUUCUCCACUGGGUUUCAGAUCUGACUAGUAGCAGACCUGUUUUCUUUCUACCAGAAUCUGGUUCUUCCUUUUGAAAGGCAACUUUAUGCACAAACAAAAAGUGAGGGCAUUUGGAGGUUAGUGGUGGCAGUGUCCCAGCACAGUUUGGAUAGCAUUUCAUCCUGGGCCAGGGUACACAGUCCCUGAUUACUCAUGCCCCAUGAUAAGGAACGAAGAUAGGGUGGUGGAGUAUAGGAGGAAUCAUCUAGUAUGGUGGACCUAAAUGUUAAGAACCAUAGCAACCAGUGUUAUAUAUGGACUCAACCUUGCCACUAAAUCAGUGUGGCCUUGAGCAAGCAAGUAAUUUCCCAUCUCUUUCCUCAUGUGUAAAAUGACAGGUAGGGUUGAGCUUAAUAGUCUCUAAGGCAUCUUCCAGGUCCAAAAGCCUCUCCUUCAGCUCUCCUCCAGAAUUCCUACACCCUCCAGAAGAACCAGGUAAUGCCCCCUGGCAUGACAGAGGCUCAAGUCUGAUGUAAGAGAACUAACACACCAAAAUCCAGUGCUUCCUGCAAGUCCUGGCAGUUGGUAAGGAGUGCUUAUCAGCCAGAGAAGAGCAGAGGCCUGGGUCUGCACCUGUGCCUCCACAAGAACAGUACCGAUCCCCGCAUUUUCUCUAAAACAACUGAACAACCUCCUUCUAGCAUCCUUUCUGGAUGCAGAUUAGGUAUCUCUAAAAGGAGUUUGCCUUAUCUCCCACCCUGUCCUCUCAGGUAUGUAUGAAGUGUAACCUUUGCCUUGCUCAUUGUCCCAGGGCUGAGGCAUCAGCAAGAUGUGCACUUUUCUUAAAUUUGUCCCAGAAUCCCAAGAUCACUUUUUCCUGAUCCUCAUUUCUCCAGCCUGAAAGAGAAGUCCCAUUCACAGCUUCCAUGGGACAUUCAUUCCCCUAUAAGAAGAGAUCUGCUGAUUGGCCUGGGUUUUCUGAAGCUGAAAACCAGAGCAUAGCAGGAGAGGGUAAGGAUCUCACCUGCAACAUCCUUGGUCAAGGCACCUAUCACAGGUACAUGCAACUCCAACUGAACUCCAUUAGCUCCUAGGAGUGCCCGGGGAAACAGAGGAGGAACAGGUGCUCAAGAAGACAGGACGGCCACACUUUGGCACAACAGGGUAAAUAUGUAGGUGAGGUACAAGCUAAGUCACCCACAAGAGGCCAGGGUCCCCCAAGAAGUCCUUUAGCAAAGUGGCCUAUGAGGAGGCUGAGAGGAUUUUUAGUAGGCAGAGUUUAGGGAUAGUCUGGGUGCAUUUGGGAAUACAAAAGUCUGAUUUGUGCUUCUCUUUCUAUUCAAAUUGUCUCUUCUACCUAGAUAAAAUAACCUUCCUCUCUUCCUUCAAGACUCAGCUCAAACUGCCCCCUCCUUAAGAAGCCCUCCUUGAUCAUCUUCCAGACAAGACUAGUAGCCCUUCCUUUGGGACCGUUUGCCCACCCAUAAUGAAACAGCUGUAAUUUGAUGUAAUUUUUGUGAGAUUGUCACCCACAAAGUUCAGACCUAAAGCAGUGACAUGAUCAAAGAAACAGUCUACCACCAAAAGCUAAUUUAACAAUAAUUCUUGGACAAUGAAAAAGUCAUACUAGCAGUACCUCAGUAAAUUCCUCCCACACACUCACAGCCAUUCUCUACUUCUGAUGUCAUUGUUCUCUACUUCUUUAAAACAAAAAUAACUCUUUCUCCUGUUCUAGACCUUAGGCUUUGGGGAGGGAAAGAAACUCAGAGGGGUCAGGCUGCUAGGCUUCCUCACCUUGGGCUCAGCAUCAUCCACAAGGAUAAGCAGGGAGAACCUGAAGAGGGAGUUACUAAAGAAAAGGGGCUUAAGAACAUGCACAGUCCUCAAAAAUGAUCAUUCUGAUAGUUUUUAGUGUCCCACCUAGUUUUAGCUCUGAUUGGAGCAUAUACACGCUAGAACUGAAUCGGACUCUGAGACAAAGGAGAGGUCCAGGUAACAACUGCUACUAGACAAGGAGGAAGGCACAGAAGCAUGGUCCCCUAGCCAGAGCAUCUUCUCCAAGCCCCACAGCCCAAGCAGGUUAUGUGCUCCUGACAAGCAGCUCAUGAAAGGAAGGAGCAGAGUCAGAGUUUAGCUUUCAGGCUUCAGGUGCCACCUGCCGGCAAGAAGGCUCAGCGCAGGGACUCACUGGCCUGGAGCAGGGGAGGGGAGGCUGCCAGCCUAGCCCCAGCCCUGCUCUGAAGAAUAGGGCUCCCAAGGACCUGAGUGGCAUAGGGCAGGCCGAGGUGGGAUGAACAGCCAGAGAUGGACCAUAACCAUGAAGAGAGACACUGUGGAUAUAACUAUAAUCAAGGGGAGGAGAGGAGCAAUGCUUAUGUAUUGUUCUCUGUGGCUCCAGAAUGGCAAUUUUUACCAGCAAGUGAGAGGGUAUGAGUCACUCUGUUCACUCUACAACUCUUUACUGAUCACCUACUGUGUGCCAGGCACUGAACAAGGUCUUGAAGGAAUUUGCAUUCUAGUGAAGAAAACAGAAAAGAAGCAAUACGGUUAGAUACAGGCUGCUGGGAGAGCACUUAGACUAACAGAAAGGCCAUCUAAUCCAGAUUUGGAAGUUCAAGGCAGGCUUGCAGAGGAAAUGAUUUUUUUUAAUUAAAAAAAUGAGACCUGAGAGUUGAGUAGGAGUUAGCAAAGGGGAAAUGAGGAGUGUGCAGGCAGAGGGUACCAAGUGUGCAAAGGUCCAAAGGUCAGAAAAGCAUGUUUCAUUCCGGGAACUGAAGUUCUAGGGAGUAUCAGUACAGACUGGGGAGUGACUUGGUGACCCAAGAAUUAAUUAAGAUGGCAGUCAUUCACAAAAAAUAAAAGUAAAAAGUACAUUUGGAUAUUUUAAAACACACAUAACUCAUAGGUUAUAGAAAAAAAUCAUGGAAAUUUUAAAAUGCUUAGAACUGAAUAUGAUAAUGAAAAUAUGAGAUAUUAAAACUUGUGGGACACAGCUACAGGGAAACAUAAACUUCUUAACAACUUCUAUACUUAUUUACAGAAGAUGAGCUUAUUAUUAAUUAAUAAGCUAAGCAUCUGCCUCAUAAAGUUGGAAAAAGAACAUAUUAAAACCCAAACAAAAACAUAACAGCAAAAAUAAGAAAUGUAAAAAUGUAUAUAACUAGAUACUACAGCAAUUUAAAAAAUAAUAUUGUGAACAACUUUAUGCCAAUAAAUUUGAAAUAGUUUUUUAGAAAAUAUAACUUACCAGACACAAGAAAAAAUUAAAAAUCUGAAUAGACUACAUAAUACAUUGAAUCAGUAGUUAAAAACCUACUUAUGACAAAAAGUACCAAACCCAGAUUUAUAUGAGGGAUAAAGAAAAUAAGACCUGUCAGCCCCAAUAAGGAGUUUGGACUUCUAUCUUACUGGUAAUUAGGAGCCAUGGGGUUUUAAGCCGGAAAAUGACAUAAUGAGCUUUACAUUUUAGAAUGAUGACUCUGCCUGCAAUGCCACAGAUGGAUUGGAGUGGGAUCCAGGUUGGAGACUGCUAUAAUAACAGGUGUUGGAAGCCAGGAUUAGGGGAGUGGCUGCAGAGUUGGAGAGUCACUAACCAACUUGGGAGAUGUUUAGGUCAGCCCUGCGGGGUAAGGGUGAGGGCUUAGAAACUGAAGGAUGGGAAGAGACAGGGAAUAAGGAUGAAACCCAGACUGUUUGGGUAACUAGGUGUAUGGUAGUGCUCUUCAGUGGGAUUGGGAGGCUGAGAGAACCAGGUUUGGAUGGGAGAUGAUGAGGCAAUCUUUUGACAUGUUGAGGUGCCUGAGAAAAAUCCCAGUAGGAGUAUCUAGUAGGUAGUUAGAUAUGAGUCUGGACACAGGCAAGGAGUCUAGGGUGGAGAUAUGGUUUGGGAAUCUCCUAAAAAAACCUGAACUCAGGCCAGUCCUGGUGGCCUAGUGGUUGAGUUCAACACGCUCCGCUUCAGUGGCCCAGGUUUGCUUCCGGGCGGGAACCUACCCCACUCGUCUGUUAGCAGCCAUGCUGUGGUGGUGGCUCACAUAAAAGGAAAAAAGGGGAAGAUUGGCAAUGGAUGUUAGCUCAGGGCGAAUUUUCCUCAGCCCAAAAAAACCAAAAAACCUGGGCUCUCCCAAUUUCAAGGCCAACUAACUAUGAACACAUGAAGUCUGAAUCAGUUUCCUAAAGCCAGCUCCUUCUCUUCCCCAAGGGAAGCUGGGAAUAGAGACCACAAGUGAAAAGACUGAAUCAAAGAACCUGUACAAGUUUGUUAGAAAAGGCUGCAAGUGCCCUGUGCCCUUAUCUGUCCAGCCUCCAGCUCUGGCCCUCCCCAGGUGUCAAGGUCUCCUCUUCCUCCUCUAGGUAGAAGGAAACAGAGCAAGGGACUGAAGUAGAGAUCCAGGGAUGCUAAGGGGAAAUAUUCAUGUGUUCACUCAACAAAUAAUUUAUUGAAGCUCAAAUUGAAAAUUCAAUUAUCAGUCAUUCACAUUCUUGGGUGAAUUUUCAUCAUCUUCAAUGUGAGGUUUAGGUUUUUGUUUUUUCUUUAAUAGGUAAACAUUCACAUGUUUCCAAAAUCAAACACAAAAAAGGCAUACAUUGGAAAGCCUCAUUCCCCACCAUUCCCACAGCUGCAUGGUAUUCUAUUGUAUAUUACUGCUUAAUCAAUAAGGGUAGUUUCUUCAGGAAGAGAUUUUGGAGCCUGGAGCUCUCUGAAAGGGAGGUCUUGGCAGGUCGCCCUUGGAGGCAGCAGGGGACACUGGGGAGCCAGAGAGCAAAAGAGCAAAGGACAGGAGCGGAGGGCACUCCACUGGCUUGGGAAUUCUUCCUGAAGCCUUAGGAAGGAAUUUAUCCCCCUGGCUAGCUCAGGGAAACUCUGGAUAAACUGUUUGGGGAGAGAAAAACCUUCCUCUGGGAUUCAUUUAUUCUAUUCUUUUAACAAAUAUAUAUUGAGCCACUAUUAGGUAUCAGGCCUUGUGCUCAGGCCACAGGGAACAUGAGAGCAAGAUCUCCAUCUUGGUUUAGCUGGAGACUGCAUGUAAACACAUUCACAAGCAAAAGACCCCAACUGUGCAGGGCAGUGAAGAUGGGUGCCCUGCUUAAGUGCUAUGGAAAUUCAAAGCAGGGAGAGCUCGUGGAGGAGAAGGCCCUUUCUCAGCCUCAGACCCUGGCUCAGAUGUCAUCUACCCCAGAAAGCCUUUCCAGUUUUACACACAACCAGCAGCUCCCUUUUCUGAGCCUCCUUGAGCUUACAUACAAUCCCACUGUUGUACGUACCACACUGUCAUCUAAUUCUUUUACUAGACUGAGCUCCCUGACAUCAGGUUCUGUCCUUUAUUCAUGGUGCAUCUCUGAAUCCCUAAAGUUCUGCAGAGUGCCUGGCUUUCAGUAUAGACAACAGAUGAAAUUAAUUCUGUCUCUUCACUGAGGAGAUAGAGUUUAAGCUGAGCCCUGAAGAUGUUAGACUUGGAUAGAUGGAAAAGAUUAUUAAGGAGGACAGGCAGAUAGACAGGAGCAAGGUGAAACGUAUCUUAGUAGAGAUGGGGAGGGUACAAUGGGAGAUUAAAGCAUGUUAAGGUCAGACUGAAUUCUUGGUGUCCCCAGAGAAGAGAACUCUGGCUGCUGGUGGUCACCUAAUGCAAGGGCAGUUUCAGCUCUAGGAGCAAAAUGAGAGACGUUGAGAUUUAUUUGGAGAAUCAUUUUCCCAGUGACUUGUGGAUAUCUGUGGAAACAAUUAAGGAUUUUGUCUCUCUUUUUAAGCCUCAUCCUCCCACACAUACCCUGAUUCCAGCUAGUCAGAAUAGAAGUUUCUGAUUUUUUCCUUAGAUCAAUAUCAUGACAUUUUGAUUUCAAGAACUCUGAGGGAGAAACUGUAAUUUCACUCAGCCCUAGCAUACAAGAUCCAUUUUUAAACAAAAUUUAUAGACCAAGGGCUAUAAUGUUUAACAUGUACUGAGCAGGAAUGUGCCUCUCUUCCUGGCCUUUGGACUGAGAAAGUACAAAGACCAUAGAAAGUCAAAUUGCCUCAGGACAAAAAACAAGAGACCCCAUUUGACUGAGAUCUAUAAGAAAGGUAGGGAGUGAUAAUAUGGAGGCUGAUUAGACCAGCAUUCAGGCUCAGUCUGUGAUCCCUUCUGAAACAACAAAGCCUUUCUGAAAUAAAACAGUUCAGAGAAAGAGCGCAGCAGCAGAGGGGAGGAAAGGAGAAGACUGCAAAAACAAGGCAUAAAGAGGUCCUACCACACACACUCCACCCGCCUCUCCAGAUCCUUACUGCUCCAGACCUUGCCAACCAAGCCAAAUUACUGACUGCAGACUCAACAUUUAAAUAAGAUUGUGUCAUUUAUAUGCAUUGCAUGAAAGGAGAGGAGGGCUUACCAGCCAAUAGCCAGGAGAUCACAGUCCAGUUCCUUAACACAACAAAAGUACAGGCCUUCUUUCAUACAUGAGUACCCUCUUCACAAAGUGAAGUACCUGUGGUCAGCCCGAGAAGAGGAGUCUUAUGAUACUCAGGAAAUGGAAGAGGAGACCUCAUGAUAUUUAGCAGGAGAGGGGAAGAUGGACACUGCAGUCCUAGGUCAACAAACCUCAGAGAGGCUACUUAAAAGGCGUCCAAGUAUUUAUCCAUUAACACAUACUAAGGACCUAUCAAUUUGUGAAGACCUUAACUUCCUCUAAGUAUGCAGCUGUAUUAUUAGGGAGGGGCUGAUUUCUUCACCACCACCUCCCCCCCCAGGAUAUUCUAACAGGCCAGCUUGGAAUCAUAAAAGUUUGCACUGGGAAGGGAACAGUGGGAAUGGAAAGGAAGGUUGGAUGUGAAGAAAUUUCCAAGGAGUGAGCAUGUAACCAAGAAGGCCAUGGGCUUGCUUCUUAUUACUCUAAAAAAGUAAAAGCUACCUAAAAAGAACUUCCUCAUGUUCCCACUUCCAAAUCUACCAGCUGGCCCACAGUACACCUAGCCACACUGCCUUCCCUCCUGAAAAUCAAUGAGCUGUCCAUGCAGCUAUCCAAAGCCAUCCUCUCACUUGUGCCACAGAUCCCGUCUACUCCUGUAAAUUGUCUCCUCUCUUUCCUUAAUUACCAAAAUUUCUUGGCCAAUUAAAUAUUACAGAAUGCUAUAAUAUAUCCCAUCUUAAAGGAAAAAAACACAAAACUUACCCACAUCCCUCUCCACUACCAAUCCAUUUCUUCCUCAUUCUCUUAAAUCCAUUCCUGUCAGGCUUCCACCUCUACUAUCCACUGAGAGCAAACUUGUCGAGUUCACCACUGACCUCCAAAUUGUAAAACCCAUUGGCCAUUUCUCAGUCCUCACACUGCUUUGCCAGUGUUUGGCCCCUCCCUGCCUCUUGAAACAUUUGCUUUCUUCAGCUUCUGAAAUAACUCAUUUUCUUACGUUACAAGCUGCUUCUUCAUUCUCUCUUCUUGGAUUCUUCUCUUCCAGAUGCCUAAAUAUUGGGGUGUCACAGGGCUCAGUAAUCAGACUUCUACUCUUCCCUAUCUACACUCACUUUGGUGCAUUUAGUUCCAUAGCUUUAAAUACCAUUUGUAUUCUUUUGCCCAUCUAGCCCCACAGCUUUAAAUAUCAUUUAUAUAUGCUGAUAAUUUCCAAAAUUAUAUUUCCAGCCCCACCUUCUUCCCUAAACAGUACAUAUAUACAGCUUCCUACUCUACAUCUCCACUUGACUCUGAAAGGCAUCACAAACUUAACACACUCUAAAUCAAACAUUUAAUAUUCCCCCAAUAAACUGCUCUUCUCACAGGCUUCCUCCAGUUUUCCCAGUUUGGGCAAAUGGAAACUCUGUUCUUCCACUUAAAUCAGGCCAAAAAUCUUGGAAUCAUCCUUGACUACUCUUUCUCUCACAUCCCUCAUCCAACACAUCUGCAAAAUUGGUUUGACUGUACCUUCAAAAUAUAUCCAGAAUUCUACUGCUUCACAACACUUCCACCAUUGCCCUUAUCCAAGUUACCAUUAAUUCUCACCUGGAUUAUAAUAGUAGCCUUCUAACUCUCACCUGUACUAGCCUCUUACCAAAUCUCACUUGAGAGGCCAAGUAAUGUAAGGACUGAGAAAUGACGAAUGGAUUUGGUGAUGUGGGUCAUUGGUAACCUUGACAAGAUUGCUUCACUGGAGUGCUGGGUGUGAAAGGCUGACAGAACUGGAUUCCACUCUAUAGUGAAAUCCUACAUGCUCCCUAUAGUGUAUUCUCCUUGUUGAUCCUGUAAUAACUCACCAAGAAAAUUCCCGUUUCAGAGCCCUUGUAUCUGCUCUUCCUUCUUCCUGGACCACCCUUCCUCCAGAUAGUCACAUCUGGAAUACCUGCUCUCCCUCCUGAAUUCAGAUUUGUUAAAGUGACAGCUUCUGAGAGAAGAUUUCUCAUAUCAAGCGAUUUAAAAUAGCACCUCCCACUCUAUCUUUUCUUAAUUUUUCUUCACAAUAUUUACCACUAUCUGAAUAUCUCUCUUUAUCGGAUGUCUCCCCACCCCCUUGCACACACUAGAAUGUAAGCUCGAUGAGGGCAGGGGCUUUGUUUGGUUCACCACUGUAUACCUAGCCUGGCAAAUAGCGGGUACUCAAUAAAUAUCUGUUGAAUGAAUAAA